AUGGCUUCAGAGCGAACCGACGACCAUGUAUGCCCAAUUUGUAGAGAGAUAUAUGUCAACGCUUUCUCCAGCAUAUGUGGCCACACCUUCUGCUUCGAAUGCAUCCGUGCACGUAUCGCACACAUACAGACGUGCCCAUGCUGUAGUCAUCCGCUUUCGCGGGACACGCUGUUUCCCAACCUAGCCCUGGACAGACUCUUGAAAGGCCUUUCCUUGGCAAGCCAGCCACGAGACUCGCUUAAGAAGAACAAGCCAUGUUCGGUUCGCGGCGAACGCGAUAUCAUGAUCCAAAGUCAACGAAUUGCUGAUGCGGUGACAGGACUUCCACUUGGAUGCGUGCCCGGUUUGUUGCACUCCGUUGCAGGCAAGCACCGAGAUCUGAUUAUGGAUGAUGAGCACUCAAACAUAGGUCUUUUGCGAGAUUUUUUGCUGUUUUCUUUUAAACGAAAAAUGAGGUGCACCGAACAUCUUGAAAGAGAAAUCAGCUCGAUUGAAGAAGAUGUGGCAUGGGUCGACAAGCAGCACAUGGAACUUGGGCUCGGUCCUGCACUGCGUCCCGCACAUGAUACUGCUACUGUGGGAUCAAGGGCUCAUAUUCCACGGGAAACACAGAGAUGUUUGGGUGGAAGUCAACGAAUACUUCCCAACAACGAGAAUAUGAAUGCAAAGAGAUUGAAUUCGGGUCCGAGUUUGGUAGCUGAUAUGUUGAGCGCUUGGGGCAUAGACUGGGGCACUCGCCAGGCCAACAGCAGACACAAGUCGUAUCAAAGUGAUGAAACGCACAUUAGUGACUUGUACGCCUUCAGUCAAAUGGGAAUCGCACAGCUGGCACAUGAUUCACCGCAUAUUGUCGAGUGCCAAAGUGCGCCGUCUAAAAUUAAAAGUAUUCCAGGAAUAGACAGCGACUCUGAGUUACAUAAAACAGGUAGAAGGAUAGAUCUGCGGUUGCAGGAAAGCGCCUCUAUUCGGAGAUCGAUUGGCGAUAUGAAUUUCACAUCAGCAGGCUCGGAAAACGUCAAUUCCAUGGUCUCCGAUCAAAAAAUUUCAUCGACGUGUAUUCUCGACGAUAGCGAAGUGCAGACAAAAAUGAAUUUGAGUGCAACACUAUUGUUGCCUGUUUCAGGAGCGAAAAUCAAAAAGGUUUUUACACAUUUUAGUAACUUGCAGCAGAUCUAUUCUGAUGUUCGAUGCGGUGAUGACAAUAAUAACGUAGUACUCCGUGGGAGCCGCGUUAAAGACGCAGGUUCAAUCGCUGUCCCUUCGCUUGACCACUUUGCACGGCUAAUAACUGAUUCAUCUUCCUGCGAUCGACUUGCUGUGGUUGGACAGGUUCAACAUAUUGGAUCAUCGAACACGAGCGCAUCAAAUCCAAUCAUCUCUUCAAUCGAAAUUGACAUGGAGGAUUUCUGCUUUGCAACAGCAGGUGUCUCCAGACUUAUCCAUUUUUUCAGAUUUGCCGAUGUGUGCAAUGGUUACGAACACUCGGGUCUUCCUGCGCAAAGUAUAUCAACCUCUAGCAAGCUGUCAUGUCUCAGCUACAGUAAACACGUACAGAAACACAUAGCAAGCAGUGACUAUGAAGGAGUGAUAUCAGUAUGGGACAUUGAGAUUGGGAGCGCUCUAGUUGAAUACGAAGAGCACGGUAAACGUGCAUGGACUGUAGAUUUUUGCCGAACAGAUCCUCGUUUGCUUGCGAGUGGUUCGGACGAUGGCCGUGUCAAGAUUUGGAGCACUAAUCAAGUCGCAUCUGUGCUUGAACUUGACAUGCGUGCAAAUGUGUGCUGCGCGCAAUAUGGACCUAAUAGCGCACAUCAACUUGCUGUUGGAUGCGCAGACCACAUGGUUCAUCUUUUUGACCUUCGAAGUCCCUCAGAACCUCUCGCUAUUUUGUCUGGCCAUCGUAAGGCUGUCUCAUAUGUUAGGUUCCUGCCUUCGGGACGUGAGUUGGUAAGUGCAUCAACAGAUAGUACGCUUUGUGUCUGGGAUGUUCAUCAAUCGCUCGCACGCGCGGGGCAUGAACGAUACCAGGAAUCCAACGGCAUUACAACUGGCACAAGACUGACCAGGGUUCACGAUGGUCACAUUAAUGAAAAGAACUUCGUCGGCCUUAGUGUCGGCGCGGAAGAAUAUAUUGCAUGCGGAAGCGAGACCAACGAAGUCAUCCUGUAUCAUAAGGAGCUCAGACGACCGCUGGCGCGCUAUAACUUUGCCGAAGAAACAAAGUUCCCGAUCUUGCACUCUACUUGCUUAGCCAGGCAUACCAGCGUCAACGACUUUGACAGCAAUUUAAGCACUCUUAUGUCAACUGGUAUUACGGAUCUUGGAAACGGUGCUCAAGGUGCACAUGUCACCACUCAUCAACAAUCCCAGCCUCAUUUUAUUAGUGCGACGUGCUGGAAAGGAAAUGAUGCUACUGUGCUCGCAGCAAGCAGCAGUGGACUCGUCAGAGUACUCCAACUUGUGAACAACCAAGGUUACCACUGA